CCGAGAAGGUGGGCUCAGGCACAGGCGCAUGCGCCGUAUGGACGCUGGUGGGAGACAGCUGGCGCCGGCAGUGGCAGAGGUUACCGGCAGCGGGCCGGCGAGCGGGAGCUAUCUAUGCUGCAGGUGCCGUGCCGUGUUGGGCCGGGUGGGAAGGGACCUACAGCGACCACCACCCCUGCACAGAAGCAACCUCUGCUGACCACCCUCCCUUGCUUUUCUGGAGAUGGCAGGUGAAAUCACAGAGACCGGAGAACUCUAUUCUCCCUAUGUGGGCCUAGUGUACAUGUUCAACCUCAUCGUGGGCACAGGCGCCCUCACCAUGCCCAAGGCCUUCGCCACUGCCGGGUGGCUCGUCAGCCUCGUCCUCCUGGUGUUCCUGGGCUUGAUGAGCUUUGUGACAACUACCUUUGUGGUGGAGGCCAUGGCCGCAGCCAACGCUCAGCUCCACUGGAAGAGAAUGGAAACCCGCAAGGAGGAGGAGGACGAGGGCUCCUCCACAGCCUCCGACAGUGACGUGCUCACCCAGGAGAGCUACGAGCAGGCAGAGAAACUGCCCAUCCUGUCUGUGCAGAGACGCGCACCUCCCAACCUGUUUGAAAUCACAGACCGGGUGGAAAUGGGACAGAUGGCUUCCAUGUUCUUCAAUAAAGUGGGGGUCAACUUGUUCUAUUUCUGCAUCAUCAUUUACCUGUAUGGGGACCUGGCCAUCUAUGCUGCAGCUGUGCCCUUCUCCCUCAUGCAGGUGACCUGCAGCAUCUCCGGCAAUGACUCCUGUGGCGUGGAGGCAGACACCAAGUACAACGACACUGACCUAUGCUGGGGCUCCCUGCGCCGAGUGGACGCUUACCGCAUCUACCUGGCUGUCUUCACGCUCCUCCUGGGACCAUUCACCUUCUUUGACGUCCAGAAGACCAAGUACCUGCAGAUCCUGACCUCUCUGAUGAGAUGGAUUGCUUUCGCCAUCAUGAUCGUGCUGGCCCUGGUCCGAAUCGGAAAGGGGCAAGGGGAGGGCCACCCACCCCUGGCUGACUUCUCAGGGGUCCGGAACCUGUUCGGGGUAUGCGUCUACUCCUUCAUGUGCCAGCACUCCCUGCCGUCCCUCGUCACCCCCAUCUCCUCCAAGCGCUGCCUCACCCGCCUGGUGUUCCUGGACUACAUGCUGAUCCUGGCCUUCUAUGGCCUCCUCUCCUUCACUGCCAUCUUCUGCUUCCGUGGUGACAGCCUCAUGGACAUGUACACCCUCAACUUUGCCCGCUGUGACGUCGUGGGCCUGGCCGCCGUCCGCUUCUUCCUGGGACUCUUUCCUGUUUUCACGAUCAGCACGAACUUCCCCAUCAUCGCCGUGACCCUGCGCAACAACUGGAAGACGCUCUUCCAUCGCGAGGGCGGCACCUAUCCGUGGGUGGUGGACCGCGUGGUGUUCCCCACCAUCACCCUGGUGCCCCCAGUGCUGGUGGCCUUCUGCACCCAUGACCUGGAAUCCCUGGUGGGCAUCACGGGGGCAUACGCGGGUACUGGCAUCCAAUACGUCAUCCCCGCCUUCCUGGUGUACCUCUGCCGCAAGGACACUCAGCUGGCCUUUGGCUACGGGACCAUCAACAAGCACAGGUCCCCGUUCCGCCACACGUUCUGGGUGGGCUUCGUGCUACUCUGGGCUUUCUCCUGCUUCUUUUUUGUCACAGCCAACAUCGUCCUCAGUGAGACCAAGCUCUGAUGGUGGGACCUCCCUGGUGAUUAUGGACUGGGGGAAAGAGUGAGAGGGCCUUCACAGCAGGAGAGGCAGGGGCUCUCGAGGGGCCCUCAACUGGAGAUCUCCCGGCCAGCAGGACUCUGCCCCAUCUGCACCUGGCCCUGCUCAUGGGGUAGCACGUGGCUGCUCCCAGAUUCUAGAAGGUACCCCUCUGUUUCACACUCUGCCCUACCCCUGGAGGCAGGCUCCUCCCUCUGUACAGUGGAAGAGGUAGUGCUGGCACCGCCACUAUUUAUACCACACCCUGUGUCCCUCCUCAGCCUUCCCCAGCCCUUUGCACCCCUGUCUGUCCAGUAGCAUCUGCUGCCUCUUCAGGGGCCAGUCCCAGGCCAUAGCCAUCCUAACUCAGCCUGCCCAUGCCAGGCAGGGCCCACUUUGCUGCCAGGCUGGAGUUGCUAAGUGCCGCUCCUACGGGUAAGCCAGGCCAGCCCCAGUGGCAAGAAUAGGAAGUGCUAAGUGGCAUCAGGGUCCCAGGCCAGAGCUGUGAGGACCCUUGCUGUGAGUGCCAGCUCUGGGCAGCAGGAAGAUGGCACAUGGCUUCUGCAAAGCACACAGCAUCCUGGAAGCUGCGGUUAAAGCCGGGGUGGGGGGGUCAGGCCUGAGCAGCAGCCCAGCUUGCGUCCUUGCUCUGCUCCAACCCUAACAGUGGCCCGUAAAGCCUGACUGUGAUGCUCAGUAACCGCUCUUUCCAUGACACUGGGUGCCACAGGUGGGACAGAGCACCUGCCACCAUGGCAGGAAGCAGGCUCCUGGUCACCUCUUGCUCUCAGUCAUGCAUGCACCUGCCAGGCCACCGUGGAAACAAACUAGUGAACUCUGCAUUUUCCAUGUGCCUUCUGCUUGGGGGCUGGGAAUCCAUCCUGACCCUGGUUUUCUCCAGUACCAGGCCUAGUCCUGCCCAUCCUGGAGCCCAGAGCAGCUUGCCUGGAGCAGCCUCUGGAGGACCUGGGGUCUCAAACUGCUGCCUCCCCUCUUGAUUUUAGUGCCUUGCUCAGCCCUUGUGCAGGAACUUUUACCACCUCCUCCCUUCAGGGUCUCACCAACUUUAAAGUUUGGACAGUGACGAUGCUGGCCAUCCUGGGGCCCAGGGAAGUGUGUGGGGUUUGCAGGGGAUGUGGGUUUUGCAGGCAGCACCCCUCUACCUCUGACCAUAGAUAGCAUCUCCACCUCUAAGAGUCCUGGGUGACAGUCUAUAUUGUCACUACCAUCACACGCCAACAGUUCUCAUGGUUUUCCCCACAUGGCAUCAGCUUCCAUCCAUGUGAGAAGAAACACCCCUUCCUCAUCUGCCGUUGUGGCAUCUUCCCAGGAAGCCCUGCCCCAGAAUGCACCAAGAGGUCCACCAUGGUGGUGAAGCCAGGAAUGACAAAGACCUGCCCAUUACCAUGUGCUUGGGCUUUCCCUGAAGCUGCCUGGCUGUUUGCUGAAAACUCAAUUAAAAUAUCUGUACUUACCCUUCUCCAA